AUGGGAGUAAGAAGAGAAGCAACUUUGGAAGAGGUGGUGCUUAAUACCAGAAGAAGAAGAAGUCAUCGAACGGACUUGCUUAAAGACAUUGAGAUUGAGCUGAGAGGAGAGAACCUAAAUACAGAGAAAGAAGAUGUUUGUAUGUGGAAAAGGAAGUCUGGAUAUAAGAAGAGUUUCUCGACAUAUGAAACUUGGUUGAUGUUGAGAGAGAGCAAGUCUCAAUGUUCAUGGGCUCGAGGUGUUUGGAUUUCUCAAGCUACACCAAAAUAUGCGUUUAUGGCGUGGCUGUCAGUUCGUAAUAGAAUGUCAACUCUAGACAGAGCUGCUACAUGGAGUCAGUCUGUAAAAGCGCCACCGAAUGGAGAGACCAUCUAUUCUUUGAGUGCUCCUAUUCAACUCAGGUCUGGGAAUAUAUUGCCAAAGGAAUGCUGCGAAACUCCUACACUAAUGUCUGCUCUGUGA